AUGUCCCCCUCCUCCUCCCCAUCCUCCACCACCUCCGCCUCUGCUUCCUCCUCCUCCUCCUCCAAACCAUACGACGCCUCACCAAAAAGUGACUCCCGAACUCUAAUAACCAUAACCAUCCUCUCCAUCGCAGCCUUCCUUCUAAUAGGGUACAUCAUCUACCUAACACUACGGCUUAAGCGCCGUCAACAGGCAAACUCGACGGGCGCGGGUGGAGGCAGCUAUGGGCCGUAUCAUGGCUCUCCGGCGGAUGGGAGUCAUCUUGCUUCGAAGAUAUCGCCGUUUGCUUCGGAGAGUACGCGUCCUGGGGGGGUGGUUCCGAGGUUUCAACACACACCAGGCUCCGACAUGCGUAUCGCCGUUCGACGCCCAGACGGCGCAUGGCACUUCACAGACUCCAGAACACCCUUCACGCCUUCCGGCGUAUCAGACAUCGACGUCCUACCUUCCCCUUCUUCAUCAACGUCGUAUCUGCCUUGGGGUUCUCGGGCGGAUAUACCUUCUCCCUCUUCCUCCACUUCAUUCUUACCUUGGAGUUCACGGACGAACGUGUCGAAGAAAGAGAUGGAAGUGAAAGCUAUGGCGAGGAAGGGAGUGGGGAGGGGGGAGUUUGAUGUGGGUAGUGUGGAUUUGGUGCCUCCGCCGCCAGCGUAUACUCAUGAGGAUGGGAAUGAGUCGUGUCGUGGACGAUUCAAUUCAAUUCUUCGCAAGUACUACUUCCGCGAAUUCAACUUGAAGCACCCUGCAGGCCCUUUUCAUAUCCGUACCCGCGACAACGUUUUUGCAACAUGCAAUUGUGUCAAUGGCUGUUCGUUGAAUAACGUUCUGUCCUCUGACAAUCUACUAGUAGUAUACAAUGUACAUCUACUUACAUCUCUCUACAUCUACAUCGAUAUCAUCGAUAUCAAAGUUAACGUUAACGUUGUUGAACUUGCGCAAUGCGUUUGCCAUGCACCCGCAACUUCGGGUGUUAUCAGAUAG